CGCUCCCUCUCGUUUCUUCACCCUUCGCCAUCUCCGAUCGCCGGGGAGAUUCCUCUCCAGGAUUCUCCUCCAUUCUUUCCCCCUCCCUGAUCGGGAAGCCAUGGGCAGCAGCAAAGGACCCUCCCUCUUCUCCGAUUUCGGGAAGAAGGCGAAAGACUUGCUCGCGAAGGACUACAGCUCCGAUCAGAAGUUCACCCUCGCCAGCGACAGCGUGACCGGUCUGGCCCUUAGCUCCACUGUGGGGAAGAACGGAGCUCUGUCCUCUGGGAAUGUGACAGCACAAUACAAGCGGGAUAAUAGCGUGCUUGAUGUCAAAGUUGACACAGAAUCAAAUCAAAUCUCAACCACCCUCACUGUCACAGACAUCUUGCCAUCAACAAAAGCUAUUGCUUCCUUAAAGCUACCUGAUUACGACUCUGGCAAGUUGGAGGCGCAAUAUUUUCAUGAACAUGCAACCUUCAGCAUGGCCGUCACAGCAUCUCAAUCCCCGGUUGUUGAUGUAUCUGCGACGAUUGGCACGCCAAGUAUUGCUUUUGGUGCAGAGACAAGUUACACAACAGAUUCUUAUAAAUUUGUGAAGUAUAAUGCUGGGGUCAGCAUGACAAAGCCUUAUUCCAAUGCGUCGGUAAUCCUGGCUGAUAAAGGUGACUCGCUGAGGUUUUCUUAUAUGCACCACCUAGAUCAGCUGAACAGGGGAGCUGUUGUGGGUGAAAUUAGUAGGAAGUUCUCCACGAAUGAGAACACCCUCACUGUUGGAUGUUCCUACGUGGUUGACCCCAACACAAUCGUGAAGGCGAAACUCAACAAUCAUGGCAAUCUCGGGGCUCUUCUACAGCAUGAGCUCAAACCAAAGUCCUACUUAACUAUUUCCGGAGCUUUCGACACCAAGGCCUUGGAAAAAUAUCCCAAGUUCGGGUUGGCACUUUCUCUUAAGCCUUGAGAAGUCCUCCAUGAAAGAUUACGAUACUGAUGCUGCAGCAGAUAGAACAUAUAAAAGAUCUCUUGAUACUGUUGUUGGUGAUGCCAGAUUGCAACUUACUGCUAUGGGUUUCCUACCCCUUUACCCCUUUUGUUAGCAACUUAGGCUAAGUGGAUUUGAUUUUUGCCGGUGAUUUUCCCGGCCUGUGGUAAUGUAGCUCCAUUGACAUAUGAAACUCCCCUUCCCUAAAAGUACGAGAGGGUUUUGAUUGAAAGGGCCAGAAGUUCAUCUGUCUCUCUCUCUCUUGUGGAUAGGCACAGUUAUUCAAAAGAUUACUCAAUAUUAGAUUGCCCAAUUUCAUAA